UAUAGGUAUACACUAUAUAUAUAACCAAAAACAACACGUAUGUAAAAAUGUAUCUAUUAUCUAUCUGGAAGAAUUAUUUGGAGUAUUGUCGAUCGAAAUGUCGAGAGCCGAGGAACUGCUGCUACCGCGUCACUAUCAAAAACAGCAGCUAAAACGUUUUACGAUUAUUUAAACAAUAUAAAAAUAAUUAAUAUAAACUUUAAAACAAAAUAAAGAAAAAAAAAACGCUUUCGUUUUCUUGUAACGAUAUGAGAAAAAAUUUCAAUAAAAAAGUGAAUAUUUUUUAAUCGAAAAAUUAUACUCUCGUCGUCAUCAUCAACGUUCGUUCGAUUGUCGAUUGAUUGCUUGUUUCGAGUGCAAUAACAUCCACAAAAAAAAAACGAAUAUUUUCAAUCUCAAUCCCAAAAGUGAAGAAGAAAGUUUACAACACAAAUCAAAAGCAAUUAAAUAUAUAGUAUUUAAGUGAAAAAGAAAGAAAAAUUAAAUAAUUUCUUGUGCCAACGUUGUGAAUUUUUCACCCAACAAAGCAGCAAAUUGAAAAGUGAUUUUUUUUUCUUCCUUUCAAUAAAAUAAAGAAAAAAAAAUGUACAGUCAAGCAAAGAAACUUCUAUUAAGAUUCACUAAUGUCGUCUCUAAUGAUUCAACAUAAAAUUGAUUAUAACAAAAAGCAUUUUCGGCGAAAAAUACAUAUUAAACAAUCACUAAUGUGAUCUUCUAUGGAGCAAUUUGUAUAUUUUCAUGCACAAAAGCUAUAAAAAAUUUUAAAUAAAAAAAAAUUGAAAAACAUACAAAAAUAGAAAAAAAGGACCUUCCAAAAAAAAUCGGAAUAUUCCAUUUAAAUAAAAAUCUGUAAAAACAACUUGAAACUCCAAUCACUCAAGCAACAAGAACAAAAGGACAAACAAAAAACAACAAAACAAAUACAUUUUUAACUCCUUUAGCCCUUGAACUUCCUUGAAAUUAAAAAAAAAAGUUUUAUGGGAAUGAUGAAACGAACGCGAGUCGAAGAAGUUCAAUAUGGCCAGAGGCCUAGCGCGGGCGGGGGAGGAGGAGGCCCCGGCGGCGGAGGAGGAGGAGGUGGUGGAGUGGGAGUAGGCGGAGGCGGCGGUGGAAGUGGUGCAAACUCGAAUGCUGGACAUCAUCGAAUACUUACAACUCAACAUGGUAGUGGUCAAACAAUUCAAUAUCUUCCAGCUGCAACAACAGCUGGUGUAUUAAAAACAGCAAAUGUACCCGAUAAUGGCCCAAAUGUUGUCACCGGCACUGGUGGCGGUGUACAAUCACAAACUGUUCAGUAUUCAACUUCUUAUAACGUUGCUCCAAUACCUGGUGGUCUAAAAACACAAACUCUGGGACCCGAUGUAGUUGCCUCAGUAGCUGCCCAUGUAUCCAACACAAACAUGAAUGCAACAUCAAACUCAAUUCGUCAACGAAGUGGCACUGGUGGCUCGAGUAGCGGUGGUGGUGGUGGAGGAGCUAAUAGUGGUGCAAUGGUUGGUAAUGUGCAGGCACAAAUGGUAGCUGUUGCAGAUAGCACAGGUGGAAAUUCUGUUCCACAACCAGGACCCGGCGCUCCAGCACGUUUAAAAGUCGAAGACGCACUCAGCUAUCUUGAUCAAGUUAAAUUCCAAUACGCCGAUCAACCACAAAUCUACAACAAUUUCCUCGAUAUUAUGAAGGAAUUCAAGUCACACUGCAUUGACACCCCCGGGGUUAUUCAACGCGUUUCCAACCUAUUCAAAGGCCAUACUGAACUGAUUUACGGCUUCAAUAUGUUCCUCCCACCCGGGUACAAAAUUGAAAUUCGUUCCGACGAUCAGGGAAUCUCGGUGCCAUUUGUUUCGAUGCCAUCGACACCAGGCAAUGCAUCAGCUGUUGGGGGAAUUCCUGGCCCCUCGGUGUGCUUGGCACCAAUUUCAAGUCCGGCUCAUAAGCCGAGUAAUAUGCAAAGUGCAGCUACAGUACAUAAAAUUCAAACUAUUGGCCCAGUUAAUUUAAUAACACAUCCAUCAGCUGUAAAUGCGGCUUCGGCAGGAACACCGCCAACAAUUCAUACAUUACCGCCACCACAACAACAAUCGGCCGCUUCCGUGCAACCAUCUGCUCUAUCAUCAGCUAUUCCACCAACCUCAACGGUCCAAGUACCACAAAACUAUUCACGCGAUCGAGAGCGAACAUUGUCGCAAUCGAGUAAUAAUAUAAUGCCUGGUCCACCAACACCCAAUUCAUUGAGUGAAUUAAGUCCGCAAGGUCAUAAUUUACAUCAAAUUUCACAGGCUCAUCAAUCGAUUUUGAUGAGUGAGGCUAGUGGGCAACAAAAUCAACCGGUGGAAUUCAAUCAUGCCAUUACCUAUGUCAAUAAAAUUAAGAAUCGCUUCCAAAAUCAACCGGAAAAGUACAAGCGUUUCCUUGAAAUCCUGCAUACAUAUCAAAAGGAACAAAAAGUCCAAAAAGAGGGCAACAUACAACAACAAGGUAAAACCUUAACCGAAGCUGAAGUCUAUACACAAGUGGCAAUGCUCUUCGAUCAGAAUGAGGAUUUGCUUCGAGAAUUUGGUCAAUUCCUUCCGGAUGCGACAAGCCAUCAGACAGCACAAUAUAUGAACAAGGCGCACAACGAUCACAAAAAAGUUAUGUCUGCUGCAAUUGGCGGUGGUAGUAAUGUUGUUGUUGGUAGUGGUGGUGGUGGUGGCAAUGCUACUGCUCCAGGUCUAACUGCAAAUCUAGCUGGAAUGCCAUUGUCUGUUAGUAGUGGCCAAGGCGGCGGCAAUGUUGGUGGUGGCAAUUCAGGUCCAAAUAGCAUUCCCUCCACAAUGAAAAACUAUAAUAACUCGCAGAAUAAUAAUCUCUCACGAAUGGAUCGUGAUUUGGUAUAUGAAAAGGAUUACCAUCACAGUCAUCCGCCACAAAGAAGUGAUAAGGAACGUAAUCAUCAUAAUCAAAAAUAUAAUUCCUCCUCGCAAACUAAGAAAUCGCCAAGUUUCAGUGCCAUACCUGUUGGUGGUGGUGGUGGUGGAGGCCAAGGAGGAGGAGGCGGCGGAGGUGGCGGCGGUGGUGGUCACAUAACAUCUCGUCGUAUUGGUGGUCCUAAUUUAGAUGAAAGUGGUGCGCCACCAGCUAAACGCCAUAAGCCUAUAUCACGUGACAUAACCUAUUCAGAGGCAUUUCGAUAUGGUUCUUUGGAAGAAGGUGCAUUUUUUGACAAAGUCCGUAAGGCUCUACGCAGCCCUGAAGUCUAUGAGAAUUUCCUGCGCUGUCUGACACUUUUCAAUCAAGAGAUUGUAUCGAAGACUGAAUUGCUCAAUUUGGUGUCACCGUUUUUGAGUAAAUUCCCCGAGCUACAUCGAUGGUUCCAAGACUUUUUGGGACCACCAUGUGUGCCCGAGGGUAUACCCAUACAAGCGGCACAGCGUCAAGAUCGUAAUCAAGGUGGAGAGUUGGCUCAAGAAAUUGAUUUGACUUCUUGCAAACGUUUGGGUGCAAGUUAUUGUGCCCUACCCAAGUCUACCAUCCCGAAGAAGUGUUCGGGUCGAACACCUUUGUGCAGAGAAGUACUCAACGAUACUUGGGUGUCGUUUCCAACUUGGGCGAGUGAAGAUUCUACAUUCGUGACAUCGCGGAAGACACAGUUUGAAGAAAUAAUAUACAGAAAUAUCCACAGAACUGAAGAUGAACGCUUCGAAUUAGAUGUUGUCAUUGAGACAAAUAGUGCAACAAUACGUGUCUUGGAAGGUGUACAAAAGAAGCUAUCUCGCAUGACGCAGGAAGAUGUGCAAAGAUAUCAUUUAGAUGAUUAUUUAGGUGGCAGCUCACAAACCAUUCAUCAGCGAGCUAUACAUAGGAUUUAUGGUGAUAAAGCGGGAGAGAUUAUCCAAGGGCUGAAAAAGAAUCCAGGCGUUGCUGUGCCAAUAGUUUUGAAGCGUCUUAAAGUCAAAGAAGAAGAAUGGCGUGAAGCACAAAAGAACUUUAACAAACAAUGGCGAGAGCAAAAUGAAAAAUUCUAUUUGAAAUCCUUGGAUCAUCAGGCAAUUAAUUUCAAGCCAAACGAUACGAAGGCACUACGAUCGAAAAGUCUCUUUAAUGAGAUUGAGACGUUGUAUGAUGAGCGCCAUGAUCAAGAUGAAGAAUCUUCGGAACCAAUGGCUGGUCCGCAUUUAAUUUUACCUUAUAAAGAUAAAACCAUAUUAGAUGAUGCAGCUAAUUUGCUUAUUCACCAUGUGAAACGACAGACUGGAAUACAAAAGCAAGAGAAAGCUAAAAUUAAACAUAUUUUAAGACAAUUUGUGCCUGAUUUGUUCUUUUCAACGCGUCAGCCGUUAAGUGAUGACGAACGUGAUGAUGAUGACAUUGAAAAAAUGGACGUUGAUGUUUCCGAUAUGGACUGUUUAAAGAGCAGCAAAAAUACAACUUCUUCAAGUGGUGGAAUGAAUAACUCAUCUUCCAUCAUUGGCCAAACAACAAUUAAGGCCGAAGAUUCAAAAGAUAUGCUAACGGGUCAUAUCAAUAUGUCAUCAUCAUCGGCUCCUUCAUCAUUAAAUCCCUCAACAAUAACCGCCACACCAUUUACAACAGGUUCAACAACGAUUCCAACAAUAUCGUCGUCAUCCAUGGGAGGUGGUGGUAAUAAUGGUGGUGGUAUGUCAUCUUCAACAGUAGCCGGUGGUACAUCAUCAUCGCCCAAUUCCUCGUCACUGUCAUCACCGUCCUCAACAUCGUCAUCAGCUGCAGUUGUUGGUGGUAGUGGUGUUGAUAAAAGUGAUACAAAUGACUGUAAUAGGACUACAACGCAAUCACAGUGUAAAAAUAACAAUAGUAAUAGCAAUAGUAGUAGUAUUAAUAACAAUAAGAUUCUGUUGAACUCUUCGGCAUUAACGUCUUCAUCAUCAUCAACCUUAGCGGCGCAAUCAACAACAACAACAGCUGGAUCGGCUGUUGCUGGUGCGACGACAUUAGCUAGUUCCAUGCCGUGUGGUGGUGUUGCUGCUAGUAGCGCCGGUGGUGGUGCAAGUGCACAACAACAAAAUUUACAAAAUUCUUCUUCUAGUAGUGCAAACAUUUGUAAUAGUGGUAGUAGUAGUAGUGAUAACAAAGUUGUGAUAUGUGGUGGUAACAUAGUGAGUGGCAGCACGACAAUAACAACCUCAUUGAUAACGUCCUCCUCUUCCACAUCGAAUAGUGGAUUCGUAGGCGUAGUCGGUGGUAAUCUAAAUAGCGGCGGCGGCGGUGGUAUUAAGCUAACCGACAAUAUUAGCAAUAAUAAUAACAAUAAUGGCAACAAUAAAUGUGAUAUUGCUGGUGCAACAGCAGCGUUAGGAUCUAACACUGAUGGCAUUAAACUGGAAGUGAAAGAAGAAGCUGAUGCUGAUAUUCAAGUGCUGCCACCACAUGCGAUAAGCAAAAAUGCGGAGGAAGCAUACGCUCUCUUCUUUGCCAACAACAACUGGUAUCUGUUCCUACGGUUACAUGCAAUCCUCUGUGAACGUCUUCGUACCAUGUACGAACGUUCACAAAUACUCGCAGCCGAAGAGGAGAAAUACCGUUCAAAUCGUCGUGAAAGUACAGCGACAGCCCUGAGACUGAAGCCCCGAAGUGAAAUUCAAGUCGAAGAUUAUUAUCCAACAUUUUUGGAUAUGUUAAAGAACGUCUUGGAUGGAAAUAUGGAAGCGAAUAAUUUUGAGGACUCUAUGCGUGAGAUGUUUGGCAUUCAUGCUUAUAUUUCGUUUACAUUGGAUAGGGUGGUCUCAAAUGCUGUACGACAAUUACAAAAUUGCGUUACUGAACGUGCUGCAUUGCAGUGCGUUGAACUAUAUCACAACGCUCAACGACUUGGUGGUGCUGGAAGCUUAUGUCGUUAUGCAAAUAAACAUCUAAACCAAGAAUUGGCAUACCAACGAGAGGCCGAAUCAAGUUUGCAUGACGAAAAUUGCUUCAAAGUUUACAUUUACAAAAUUGACUGUCGUGUUACAAUCGAACUACUUGACACCGAAUCCGAUGAAAUUGAGAAGCCAGUUAACAAGGCCAAAUCAUGGGAUAAGUUUAUUAAUCGCAUGGCAAAUCCAGCAAGUACUAAUGCCAAUGAUACUGGAUUUGAAAUUAAAGCUGAACGUUCAGAUGAUGAGAUGGAUCUUCUUAUAUCAGAAAGACCGCUUUAUUUAAAGCGCAACAAGCGCAUCACAAAUACAAGUGAUGCAGCACAAAAAUCAUAUCAAACAUCAGUUGAUCUAUCAAGACGUUUAUCUGCUAGUAGCCAAAGUGGUGGCGGUGGAAUUGGAAGACCACAACAUUUAACAUCGAACUCAUCAAAUGCAAUAAAUAAUAAUGCAGGCAAUGGAAAUAAUAGUGAUAAAACAAGCUCUUCAAAUUCCUUAUCAGCUGGAAGCAAUGAUAGUGGAAUUGUUGGUUCGAUUAUUAUGAGUGGUGGUGGUGGCAAUGAAGAUCCAUUUUGGGGCAAAAGACUACCAGAGAGAGUUGGCAGUGUUAUAUCAAAUGACAAAUACAUGAUCAAUGAUCGAGAGGAAAUGAAAAUUGAUCAAUCUGGACGAUUGGUAUUCCUGACAAAUAAGAAUCUCAUGAUAUUGAAAUUGGACUCUGUUCGGCAAGCUAAAAAGACUCAUUCCCUGCUUACGCAAAGAAAACAAAAGCGUUUCCAAUUAUUUACAAACAAAUGGCUCGAUCAAAAUGUCAGUGACAAUCAACGACAAAUGUGUACCGAUUGGCUGCUUGGUAAAGGUCCCGAAAUCGAACCAAACAUUAUAACAUCUAUAGUUCAAGAAAACGACAUCAAAAAGACUCCCUACAGACAUUUUAAUCGGUACAGAGUAAGAGUGGCAGAAAGUUGAACUAAUUAAAUAAAUACUACACUAUAAACGUCAACGAUAUAACACCUCGGAUUCAUUGACGUUGAUUAGAAAAAAUCUCCUCCUUUACCAACCGAGGAAGUGUAUUAUAAACCAAAUGCCGGACAGUAGUAUGGUUAUGGGAGCCCCAAAAUGAUCUCAGGUCAGGACUAUGUUGUCGUUUUUCCAGUUCCGUAAUGUUCCGGAACAAUGGAACUUAAAAACUAUUUAAGUUUUUAAGCUCCAUCAUCAAUCUCUCUCAAAACAAAAUACUUUUCGCCAUAAACUGAAAAAAAAACCGACAACCGCUUGGAAAAAAAAAAACAAUUAUGUAAAUAAUGUAUCUAUAGAACGAGACAAACAAAUUUCAUUUAAUAUUAUUUUUUAGUUUUUUGACUAUAAUUUUCAAUCCAUUCAAAUCCAUAAAUAUUAAAGUUCAACAGAUUUGUAAAAAAAAAAAAUUAAAUCUAUCUUGUUGCAUUUUUCUCUUUCUCAUGUUUAGUUAAAUUAAAAAAAAAAUGUAAUUGUAUAAAAAACUAAUUCAAUGUAAAUAUGAUAAAAAAAUAUAUAUAUAAACAUAUACAAAUAUUUUGUGUGAAAAGAUGUAAAAUAUAUAUAUAUUUUUGUUAUUCAUACAUUUUUAUAUAUAAAAAAAAAACAAAAAAAAUUAUAAAAAAAAUAAACAAAACACAAAAAAUUCUCCACGACCAACAAAACAAAACACACUUCUCUCAAAGCACUUAAAAAAAAGUAUUUUUAUUUAUUUUUUAAUUAAAAAAAAGGUGUAUCUUAAAUUUAAGAUUUUUUCUUAUGUGUAUUUAUAAUUAUGAGUAGUUUUUAAGUCUGUAUUUGUAUAUAUUGUAUAUUAAGGCAACAUUCAUUAUUAUUAAACAAAAAAUAGAAAAAAAAAAAAUCGAAGUUAAAAAAUGGAUAGAAUAUAAAUACAAAACAAAAUAAAAAUAAAAUACACUUAAACAAAAAAAAAAAAAAAA